AUGCUGCAUCGGUAUUUUCAGACUAUGUUGAAAAACUGUACAAGACAGAUAGGCCAAUACGUGGGUAGUAGACUUGGUAGGAGCCAAAUUAAGGAAUUUCAUAGUAGUCGGAUCAUGGCAUCUGAUUUCUCUCAUGUUGUCAUUGGAGGUGGAAUUGUAGGAACAGCUGUGGGAUCCGAAUUGCAAGCAAUCGAAGGCAACAAUGUUCUUUUAGUGGAGCAGCAUGAGAGUCUAGGGACCGAGACUACGUCAAGAAACUCAGAAGUUAUCCAUGCAGGGCUUUAUUACCCAAAAGAAAGCUUGAAGGCCGAUUUAUGUAUCAAAGGAAAAAACAAGAUAUACGAAGCUUAUGAGACAGGAAAAUUCAAUUCGGUUCAAGUCCCGUUAUCGAAGUGUGGAAAAUGGGUUGUAGCGCAAGAUGAGACAGAAAACGAAUAUCUAGAAAAGUUGCAGCGAAAUGCAAAAGAACUUGAAGUUCUGACUGAAUUUAUAUCACCUGAACAGGCGAAGAAAAGAUUCCCGUUAAUAAAAGCCAGUGCUGGAAUCCUCGAAUCACCAACGACGGGCAUUAUAUCUGCUCAUGACUUGGUGUUGUAUUUCCAAACUCAAUUUGAAAAUAAUGAAGGUACCAUUGGUUUCAAUACGCAAUUGGUUGAUAUAGAAUAUAAUAGAUCGGUUCCAAACUAUUGUCUCAGAUUGAAAGAAAAGGAAUCUGGAAGUGAGUUUGAAGUUACCACCGACAGCUUAGUGAAUUCGGCCGGACUUUAUGCGCAAGAGGUUUCAAAUUUCUUGUUGCCUGAAGAUAGACAUCUUAACAGCUAUUUUGCUAAAGGAACAUACUACGGUUACCAACCGGUAAAUCCAAUAAAAACAAGCAAAAUUACUGAAAAAUUGAUAUAUCCAUGCCCCAAUCCAAAUGCGUCUUCCUUGGGAACCCAUUUGACUUUCGAUUUAGGCGGACAGCUAAGAUUUGGUCCUGAUUUAGAAUGGCUUGAUAUAAAGAGUGCUUCUGAAAUAGACUAUUCAGCAACUUCUACAAACAUAGAUGAAGCAGUCAAGGCAAUUAAGUCGUAUUUUCCUAGUAUUGAAUUAGGCGAUAUACAGCCAACUUAUACCGGUGUUAGGCCUAAGACUGUUUCACAAACAGAAAAUAAACAGAAAUUCUCUGAUUUCAUUAUACGAGAAGAGAAAGAUUUCCCUGGAUUCGUCAACUUAUUGGGAAUUGAAAGUCCCGGUUUAACAUCUUCCUGGGCUAUAGCUGAAUACGUUAAAAAUAUUUAUUACAAGUAA